CUGAGUAUUCUUAUUAGUUCAUGUAUUUGUUCUCACUAUCUUUAUUCUUACAAGUAUUUCACUUUAUAUAGAGUGAAGAACGUGCUCCUACAGUCCAAUGCCAUCCUUGAAGCCUUCGGUAAUGCCAAGACCAACAGGAAUGACAACUCUUCUCGGUUUGGCAAGUACAUGGACAUCAACUUUGACUUCAAGGGUGACCCAGUUGGUGGUCAUGUUGAGAACUACCUCCUGGAGAAGUCAAGGGUUGUGUUGCAGCAGCAGGGGGAGAGGAAUUUCCACUCUUUCUAUCAGGUCCUGUUUGGAGCCACAGAUUCAGAGCUGUCUCGUCUGAAACUGAAGCGUGAUGUCAACAGCUACCACUUCAUCUGUCAGGGCGGCACACCAAGGGUAGACUCUAUUGCUGACAAAGCUGACUACAAGACAUGCCAACAAGCUUUCAAGACAUUAGGGUUCACACCUGAACAGACUGAUGCCAUAUGGAGAGUUGUUGGGGCUAUCCUACACUUGGGCAAUGUUGAAUUUUCCUCUGGUGGAGAUGAGACCCAAAUUCAAAAUCCCAAAGUUGUGAAAAACAUCGCAGAACUCCUGAAUGUCUCCCCAGCUGAUGUGAACAAGGCACUGUGUCAUCGAGUCAUUGCAGCACGUGGGGAGGUCAUGGAGAAACGACACACAGAAAGUGAGGCCAGUUAUGGUCGUAAUGCAUUUGCAAAGGUGAGAUAUGAUGGUGAUUUGUAGUUGAGGUAUUGGUAA